GAAACAACCUCCUUAGUCUGUGUCAUAACCUAAAACAGUCAAAUCUAAAUAAGAGGAAUUUUGCCAACAAAACUGUUUAAACUUAUGUACUUCUUCGUCAAUAAAUUGUAAAAUGUAUUCUAGUGAUGAUUAUAAUGAGGGUGGAUAUGAGUCUUACGGAGACUACGAGCCCCACACAGGAGACCCUCAAUAUGAUUUGGAAUACGACAGGUCCUACUACCAAAUGCCUGAAAUGGUUAAGAAGUUCUUGGUGUAUUUCCGGAAUAUGAUCACCGAAGGAAUGACAUUUGAAAUCCUGAACCUUUAUGAAAACACUUUCCCUAAGCUCACAGAGCAAUAUUUUGAGAAUACACCAUGGCCUGAUGAAAAAGAGGUUGCACCUGUUGUGGACAGUGAUCAUGUUUUCAUGAUCCUCUACAAAGAACUGUAUUUCCGUGAUAUCUACGCUCGUGUACCAGGUGGUCCAAAGCCUGAACAAAGGUUCCUCUCAUUCUAUAACUACUGUGACCUGUUCAACUACAUCCUAUCUGCAGAGACCCCCGUUCCCCUGGAAUUACCUGACCAGUGGUUGUGGGAGCUUAUUGAUGAAUUUGUUUAUCAAUUCCAGUCAUUUGCUCAGUAUAGGUCACGCACUUCCAAACUGAGUCAAGCUGAGAUUGAGGCACUAAACUCAGAGAACAAAGCAUGGGAUGUGCUUUGUAUUCUUAAUGUGCUUCAUUCUCUUGUGGAUAAGUCUAAUAUCAAGAAGCAACUUGAGGUGUACGCCGCUGGCGGCGAUCCAGAUUCCGUUGCGGGCGAGUUUGGACGCCACUCUCUCUACAAGAUGCUGGGCUACUUUUCACUAGUGGGCCUUCUGCGCCUGCACUCACUCUUAGGGGACUACUAUCAGGCCAUUAAGGUACUGGAGAACAUUGAGCUGCACAAGAAAUCUCAGUACUCCCACGUGCCAGCGUGUCAGAUCUCCACAUCCUACUAUGUAGGUUUCGCGUACAUGAUGAUGCGCCGGUACGCGGACGCCAUACGCACGCUAUCAUCAGCCCUGCUGUACAUGCAACGCACCAAGCAACUGUUCUCGUCGCGCUCGUACCAGAACGAUCAAAUCAACAAGCAAACUGAGCAGAUGUACCACCUCCUUGCCAUCUGCUUGGUGCUCCAUCCUCAAUGUGUAGACGAGUCUAUUCAGCAGGUACUGCGUGAAAAGAACUACCACGAGAAGAUGUUCAAGAUGCAAUACGGAGACCUGGGAGAGUUCGAGAGUUGCUUCACAUUCGCCUGCCCCAAGUUCCUGUCGCCAUGCCCACCGCCCAUUGAACCGGGUUCCAACUACGGCCGCGACGCUGUUAAGCAUCAGACGCAGGUGUUCAUGGACGAGGUCCGUCAGCAGAAGAUGCUGCCAACAAUCCGUUCGUACCUGAAGCUCUACACAACCCUCCCGCUGGCCAAGCUCGCGGCCUUCAUGUCGGCGGCCCGCGGCGGGGAGCGGGACGCGGUUCGCGAGCACGCGGCCCUCGCCAUACAUCUGCUGUGCUUCAAGCACAAGAUGAAAAACGUCGUGUGGUCCAAAGGGCCCAGCGGACUGGACGGCAGGUUCCAGAGCGGCUCAGAGUUGGACUUCUACAUUGACAAUGACAUGAUACACAUUGCUGAUACCAAGGUGGCUCAUCGCUAUGGUGAUUUCUUCAUCCGCAAGCUACUCAAGUUCGAAGAGUUGAACCGAAAGUUGCACCACAUCAAAAUAUAAAUGUCGCAAAGUAUUAUUAAGCAACACAUUUAUGCAACAAAUAAAUAAAAUUAAAAAAUUC